AUGGCUUCUAAAACUCAAAACCCUAUGCGUGAGUUGCGCAUUUCCAAGCUGGUCCUGAACAUCAGUGUUGGUGAAUCUGGUGACAGAUUGACCAGAGCCUCCAAGGUUUUGGAACAACUUUCCGGUCAAACACCAGUCCACUCCAAGGCUAGAUACACCGUUAGAACUUUCGGAAUCAGAAGAAACGAGAAGAUCGCUGUCCACGUUACCGUUAGAGGACCAAAGGCUGAGGAGAUCUUAGAACGUGGUUUGAAGGUUAAGGAAUACCAAUUGAGAGAGAAGAACUUUUCUGAGACUGGUAACUUCGGUUUCGGUAUUGAGGAGCACAUCGAUUUGGGUAUAAAGUACGACCCAUCCAUUGGUAUUUACGGUAUGGACUUCUACGUUGUCAUGGGUAGAGCCGGUGCCAGAGUUGCUAAGAGAAAGAGAUGCAGAGCUAAGAUUGGAAACAACCACAAGACCAACAAAGAGGACACUAUCCAGUGGUUCAAGCAAAGAUUCGAUGCUGAUGUCUUGGACAAAUAG